GGCUGGACAAGGGAUGCACAAAUGACCGAAGCAGAAAUGGAUCUGUUGUUAAGUCAUUUAUACGGAGCUCUAUACUUGUUCAUAAGUUUAGCCUCUAUUCUUAUGAAUGGGAUUUUGAUCAUCCUUCUAGUCAGACAAAAAUCGAGAAACACUUUCGCUGUUCUUCUACUUGGGCUGUGCAGUGUGGAUUUUUUCAUGUCUGCCUCGGGAACAUUCAUCACAGGUCUUGCUUAUCUUGUCGGUUCUUAUCUUCUCCGUUUUCCAGUCUGCCAAGUCCAAGGGGUUGUAAUGACAUUUUCGGGAUUGUCGCAGAUCGCUGUUCUUUCCUCCAUCUCGUUUACUCGUUACGUCAUAAUCACCAACCCGAACUUUAAACUGCGGGCAUGUCAUGCCCGAAGGAUAUUAUAUGGAUGCUAUGGGUACUGCCUUGCUGUAGCUCUUUGUCCAGUUUUAGGAUGGAAUACAUACCUGCCAAAUGAAGCCGGAGUGUCUUGCGAGCCAGUAUGGGACAGCAAUUCGCGAGGGGACAGGUCCUUCAACAUAUUCAUGAUUGUGACCUGUUUCCUUUUCCCGCUUCUUAUCAUCUGUGUAUCGUACUCAAAGAUCAUCUUAGCGGUAAAAAGACAAUCAAAACUCCAUACUCGCAGCAGGAAAUUACAUGUCAGCUACACGAUCUUGAUCAUGAUAGCCUUUUUUCUGUUGUCCUGGGCUCCUUACACUAUUUACGCUGUACAUCAAAUGACAACGAAUACACUGUCUAUGGGUUAUAAAACCGUUAGUGUACCUGGGCUAUUCGCCAAGUCGUCCGCCAUGUGGAACCCACUCAUUUACUUUCUGCGCGAUUCUGAGUUCCGGAAAAUGUGUCGGCAACGUUGUGGAUUCUACAAUUUUUUCUUCGCCAAACGAAGAUCGGUUAACCUUACCAGAAAGGAUACAACUCUUCAAACUUUGGUAUCUUCCCCGGAUAGGAAGUCCCAAGUGUAAAUUGGUGCUUGUUUUAUUUUUCAUGUUUAUAAGCUUAAUCAGUUUUUUGGUACUUUUUCCCGAUCUCACGUCUCAAGUGUAAAUUGGUGCUUGUUUUUUCAUGUUUAUAAGCUUACGAUCAGUUUUUUUCUCUUCAGAUUUUUAUGCUUACGAUCAGUUUUUUGGUAUCUUCUCCCGAUCAGGAGUCUUAGGUGUAAAUUGGUGCUUGUUUUUUUUUUCAUGUUUAUAAACCUACGACCAGGUUCUUGUUAUCUUCUCCGAAUCGAGAGUCUCUAGUGUAAAUUGGUGCUUUUUUUCAGUUUUUUAAGCUUACGAUUAGUUUUUCAGUAUGAUCUUCUCCCGAUCGGGAGUCUUAGGUGUAAAUUGGUGCUUGUUUAUUUCAUGUUUAUAAGCUUACAAUAAGGUUUUGUUGAGUCAAGAAUUACAUAUGUACAUAUUUUUCAUAUUUUAUCAAAUUUUGAAAUGAUAUUCGUUAUCUCUAGCCAUCUAACAACAUCUUGGGUUUGUUAUAAUUGUCAUUUUCUCAAAUUUAAGAUGUGUGAAUAAUUUUGUUCAUUUCAUGUAUUAUAUUAAUAAUUAAUUAGCUUCAUCAUUUAAACCAACAACUUGAUGAGCAUAAUUGAUCUUAACUGAAUUCUAACUGAAUAUACAUUACCUAGCAAAUUCAGUUCAUGGUCUUAAGGUACUCGUAAAUAACACGACGAAAUGAGAUGUCUGGAUCUGUGUCUGUCUUCAGUGUGUAGUGAUCGCAAGAAUGACAUGUCUUAAUAUGAUCGUAAGUAUGUCAAUGAAAUUGAAAACACUUUCUUAUCGUGAUUGUAAGAUUGUCAACAAAAUAUGAAUAAAUUUUAUAGUAAAUGAA